ACAAUGGGCUUGAGCUGCAGAACAUAAAUAUUCCUUCAAAUCCAGAGAAAGUUAUUCCAAUUUAUACUCCAGAUAACGUAUUUGUUAAAGUAUUUAUGACACACUCCAGCGAAAAGUCGGCGCUUGGACUAGCGUCAUUCGCGCAAGGUUUCCAAAAACAGGCACAUGUUGCAUUAUAUGGUAUUGGAGUGGACGAUACGUCAUUUGAGAGGAGUGAAUAUGGAACGGUGCUGACACUCGCUCGUAGAUAUGUAGAUUUAAUAAAAAAAAUCCAGCCUGAAGGUCCAUUUUAUCUUGCUGGCUACUCGUUCGGCGGUCUGUUGGCUUACGAAAUGGCGAGUGAGCUGAAAAGAAAUGGUGAAACUGUUGCAAUGGUGUUCAUGGUGGAUACGUUCGCAUGGCACCCUAAAGCCCUAACAAACGGUAAAGAAUUGAUGCGAAAGACCACCGAGUUAACCUUAAAGUCAACGGAAAAAUAUGUGACAAGACGACUGCUCGAAAAAAAUUGCUUUCGUCGAAAUGGGUAAGAGUAAACAUGACGUCAAUGAUUAUUACGAGGAAUUGCAACAUCAGGAAAAGGUUAUUGAUGUUUUGGAGGAUGAAGCUGCUGAAAAGAAUAUUGUGCUUCGUUUGAAAGAAAGAAUUGAGACAACUAAGUACGAAGUCAGAUCUGCUGCUGAAGCUCAUUUAGAUUGGCAGCCUUCUAAGGUAUCCUAUGACGGGGUAUUGACAUUCGUUUGCUGUGACGAAACUAAGUCAUUCUCUCUUAGCAAGCCAGAGAUAUGGAAAACGUUAGUUGAGAGAAUGGAUUUCCUUUACGCCCCUGGAAGUCAUCUAAAAGUACGAGAUGGAGCUAGUGGAGAAACGUGUGGAUCCAUGAUAAUGACAACAGCAGCAAUGAGCUACCUUUCCAAAUCUCUACACCACAAUUUCCAGGCUGUAAGAACAAGGCGUGAAGAGAAAUUGGUGGAAUUUCUAAAGCAAGGAAUUGUUAUCUGGAUGCUUUCAAGUUUCUCAAAAUGGGUGAAAGGCACUCUCCAGUUAGAUUCCGAAGAAACAGUGUUUAAUUUUGAAUAUAAAUCCUUAGGAUUGUUUACAGUACGAAAAUUUUUUAUCAAAGAUUUGACAAACAUCAUGCCUGGUAGGCAUGUUGAUGAAAUCCGUAAACGCCAUGGCAACAAUCCUUUCAUUGAUUUCCUCACUUGUAUGUUGACCAAAAACGGCGGGCUUUGGACGUUUCAUUCUUUGGAUUUUCAGCGGCUCAAAUUGCUGGUCGAUGCUUUAGAAGCUCUUUUUGGAAUACCGUUCGUGCAGUGACGGGAACCACAACGGACAACGGUCAAUCAUUAUAAUUUGAUAGAUGAAGUUAAUAAGAAGUGUAUUGUUUACC